AUGGACGACGGCGAUCACGCGUACUCGAGCAGCGAUUCCGAGGCGUACGCGUACGACUCCCGGGACGAACUCGACGUGCACUCGAGCGAAGAUUUUAGCCUGAGCGACGAGGACACGCGCGAGGCGAGCGAAUUCGACGAGAGCGACGAGGCGAGCGAAUACGAGGACGACGAGGGUGACGAGGACGAGCGCGUGGGACGAGGGUCGGGGGAGACGCGCGAGGUGACGGAGACGAUCGAGACGGCGCGCGAGGUCGAGGACGCGGACGAUCGACGCGCGAUGGCGAACGAGGAGGAGACGUACGACGGUGAACCGGAGAACGAAGAGAUGGAUGAGAUGUACGAGGAGGAGUACGAGGAGGAGUACGAGGAGGAGUACGAGGACGAAGACGUCGAUGCGCGAGGAGAGGUUGAGGGCGAACGCGACGCGGGCGAAGCCCGGGCCGAAGCCGGGGCCAAGUUCCGAGCGGCGGCGUCCACGGCGCCGAUGCUCGCGAAAUCUUUCGCCGGUGCCGUUCGUGACGCGGCUGGGAGCGUCGUGGCGGCGGUGAAGCCGAAGCCGACGCCGGUGGAACCCUUGGUGAAACCGGACCCGAGCGACGUCGACGCGACCCGGGCGUACGAGCUGCAAAUGCUUCGAAUCAAGCUUCUCAGAUUGGCGUCUAGAUUGGAACAGAGCCCGAGAAACACGGUCGUGGCACAAGUCAUCUACCGCUUGGAGCUCGCCGAACAGCUCAAGGCUGGGAAGGGCGCGACGAAGGAUGCGUCCAGCUCGUCUUUUGACCGCGCCCUGGCGCUCGCCGAACAGGCGGAGAAGGAUGGCGGUUCGAAAGAGGAUUUGGACUUCACGUGCACCAUCUUGCUCUUGGGUAAGAGCGGAGUCGGUAAAUCUGCCGUAAUCAACUCUCUCCUGGGCGAAGGCUCCGCGCCGUCCGGCACCGCCGAGGCGGAUGCGACGUCCAAGGUUCAACUCAUCGAGAAGAAGAUUCACGGCUUGACCCUUCGUCUCAUCGACACCCCUGGUCUGCAAGCAUCCGCUUCUGACAUCCGAUACAACGCCAACAUCAUGAAUGCCGCGAAGAAGUUCACGAAGAAUCAUAAGCCGGACAUCGUGCUCUACUUUGACCGCCUGGACAUUCCGUCUCGUUCGGAUGCCGCUGACUUGCCUCUGCUUAAGCAAAUCACCACCACGUUCGGCCAAGCGGUGUGGUUCAACGCCAUCGUCGUCUUGACGCACGCCGCCGCCGCGCCGCCGGAUGGUGCGAACGGGCAGCCCAUCUCGUACGAGAUGUACGUCGCUCAGCGCUCGCACAUCGUGCAGCAAACCAUUCGUCAAGCCGCCGGCGACAUGCGAUUGAUGAACCCGGUGGCCCUCGCUGAAAACCACCCUCUCUGUCGCACCAACCGCGCGGGCGAGCGCGUUUUGCCAAACGGACAGGUGUGGAAGCCGCAGUUAUUGCUACUUUGCUUCGCUUCGAAGAUUCUCACCGAGGCCAACACGUUGUUGAACUUGCAAGCCGAGCAAAAAAUGGCUAGCAAGGGCGGCCGAGGAGGUGGCAUGAUGGGACAACAAAAGGUCCCGCCGCUUCCGUUCCUUCUCUCGUCUCUCAUCACCACGCGUAAGCCGCGUCGUUUGAUGGAGUACGAAGACGACGGAUUCGAGGAUUUAGAGACUGAAAUCAUUUCCGGCGAGCCGUCACCGUAUGACAUUCCGGCGGAUCAAAUGGAACCGCUGCCGACGCCCAAACAAGUCUCCAUCCCAGCGCCCGAUCCUCAGUUGCCCUUGUCGUUCGAUAACGACAGCCAAGCUCACCACUACCGUCAGCUCGAAUCCAAUCAACAGUGGGCGUGCCGACCCAUUGUUGACGCGCACGGAUGGGAUCACGAGACGGGCGUCGAGGGCUUCUCCGUCGAGCACCAGUUCAUUCUCAAGGAUCAAGUCCCGGGUGUCGUGCAGGCGCAAAUUUCCAAGGAUAAGAAGGAUAGCAACUUCAGCUUCGAGGGAGAAAUGUCCAUUCCGCACACGCGCACGCUCAUCUCGACCACGGGCGUGGACAUUCAAACCGUGGGUAAGGAUUUGGUGUACACGACGCGAGGCGAGACGAGAUGGAAGUGGUGCGCGGUGGACAAGAUCAUCGGCGGCCUCUCCGCCUCCCUCGUCGGCGGCGUCGUCGCUCUCGGUACGAAGAUUGAAAAUAGAUUCAAACUUCGUCCGGGCAUGAAGGUUGUCGUGAGCACCGGCGCGGUGACGGCCCAGAAGGAUGUCGCGUACGCCGGCAACAUUGAGACCAUCGUCCGUCACAGCGAGGACCCGGCGAACCCGAACUCGUCCACGCUGAGCGCGAGCUUCAUGAACUGGCGUGGCGACCUCGCCCUCGGUUGCAACGGUAUGAGCUCGAUUCAAGUCGGCAAGGACACGCAGAUGACGGGUAGCUUCAACAUCAACUCCCGAGGCACCGGAAAGAUUUCCGUCCGAGCCACGACGAACCAGCGCAUGUCCCUCGGUAGCGUUGGAUUGAUUCCGAUCGUCGCCGCUCUCUGGGGUCGCAUCCGUGGCGAUUAA